GCCCUUUGUCUGCUUAAGUAUCUAUCUAACAAACUCCAUUCAUCGCGAUCUACGUGUGAUAUGCCGAAGAAACCAUUGAAGACCUUCUACACCCCAAACUUCACCGGGACUCCCACAUCAUCCGAGUCCGCAACUGCAUCGUCAUCGAAACCACCCUCCGCCUACCUUCGGCGUCUGUUCAGCACCCACGUCGCGCUUCAAGAAAUGGAGGAGGUACCAGAUCAGAGGGUGCUGGAGCCCGGCACGGAUGACGCGUCCCACGAGCGCGUCGAAACUUUACGACAGCAGGUCGUCGACGCCGUGAAUGCCGCAGGCCGGAACCCUGCGAGUGGGAAAUGGGGUCUCGUUGUGAACCUGUUGCAGACGGGAACGAGCAGGGGCAAGUACAGAUACAUCAACACGGACACGACGGCGCGUCCGCCGCCGGAGCCGAAGGAGGGGUGGCCCGAACUGCCCAAGACCGACGAAGAGUGGCAUGCAUGGGAACGGCGCAAGGAGGAGACGGAGCAGGAUGUUGUUGUCGGUGGCGGAAGGGUGAAAGUGGAUCAGAAGAAGAUCAGGGCGCAGUUGCUAGAACGGGUGGAGAAUUGGCAGAAGAAUGUCAGUGCCGAGGACAUACCGGCAGAGAUCUUAGAGGAAGUUGCCGUUGAAGCGCCCAGGGUUAAGCCUAAGAGCUCUGCCAUCAGCAAGGAUCCAGGGUCUGAGGCAGGUCCAUCCCGUCCACCUUCCAAGAGAGGAGAGGCUCUGCCUGUAAAGGACAAGACCACCAAAAUUACCGAUCUACCCGAUGAAUUUCUCCCGCCCUCAUUUCCGACGGCUCUUGAGACUUCAACACCACUGACUAUCAAUCGCGUACGCCCGAGGUUGCCCUCCAUUGAACUCGUCCCGUCGUCCUCUCCACUUCGGACGCCUCCGCGGGCUAUUCCCAAGGGUAAAUCACCACCACCCAAAGCGCAGCCAAUCCUCGAACAGGAGCUGGUUCCCUCGUCGUCACCGCUCUCGCUCCCACCGGCUGAUCCUCCGGCUCCGGCGCCGGCUCCGCAUGGGUCCCCACUCAAACGAGCCCGAUCUCCUUCACGCACACCUCCGAGCCCCGCGAAGAAGGCGCGGAAGUCCCCUUCACUGGAAUCCUCCCCCAUCGUGAGGGCGGUGCCCCGAGCGCCGGCCAAGCGGGUGCGGUCGCCAUCGACGACGGAGCCUUCGAGCCCAGCCAAGAAGGCCCGCACGACCGUGUCGAGCGAACCCUCUUCUCCCCUCUCCUCCCCGCCACCCGUUUCGCGUGUCCACACCUCGAUAAAGAAUCCUGCGGAUCUCUUCACGCCGCCGCGCAACGUAUUUCCGCGCCUCGACGAUCUGAUCGCUGCGUCUGAUUCGAAAAAGCGGAUGAAAGGUAAGCAGAAGGAGAAGACGCCGGCUAGGGUAGUGGACGAAGAGGAGAGGAGCGCGGUCGUUCUCGAAUCGUCGCAGGUCGAAGCCGAGCACCCGGGCGGGUCGAUGGACGAUAUCAUCAACUGGGAUGCGACAGCGCCUGACGAUGAGGAACAGGAGGAGGAGAACCAUGUCGACGAUGAAACACGACUACCAGGACUAGAUCCGGUCCCGUCGCCGACGAAAUCGCUGUCGUCUAUUGACGGCUCGAACUCGCUGGGAUCGCAGGAGAGCCAGGAGAUGCCACAGUACUCGGAAUUCAAUCCCCAGGGGGCAUCGACACAGCCAUUAGGACGACUUGCAAACAGCCAGAGCCAGAGCCAGAGCCAAAGUCAAAGCCAGGCGCUAAGAGACAAUUCGUUCAGAUUUCCGAUGCGCUACGAGUCUCAGAUGGACGUGGAGAGUAGAAUGCAAGGUGUAGAGGAACUGCUGAAUGCAGACGUCGGUGGAUAUACCUGGAUGGGCCGCGGCCCGGAUGAUGACGAAGACGAGAAAUGGGGCAGCUCAAGUCCAUGAAGAUACAUACAUACAAUGUGUUAAGUGUACUACUGAUCAGACGAUCAUAUAAACUUGCGCUCUCGCCAAUAGGACAUCCAUUUCCUGACAUCCUCUGCCGACAGCUUGGGAAGAGAUCGGAUAGUUGCGCUAAAUGCCUGUGCUUUGGAAGUUGAGAACAAGACAGAUGUCUGAGCAGACUUGAAGAAUGAGAACAGCUUGAUAGC